AUGAUACUACUUAAAAACAGAUUUACAUAUAAAUCUAUAUUUCAAAAAUCAAAACUACCGAGUCAAAGUCAUGUCAUAAGAACAUACAAAGUUUUAGCUAUUGAAUCAUCUUGUGAUGAUUCAUGUAUUGCAUUAUUAGAAAGAACUAAACCAAAUCAAACUCCAACAAUAAUAGAUCAUACUAAAAAAACUUUAAAUUCAGCAGCAGUUGGUGGAAUUAUGCCAACUGCCGCAUAUACAUAUCAUAUGUCAACUAUAGCUAAUAUGUGUAUUGAAUUUUGUUCAAAACAUAAUUUAUCUGCUCAAACUCCACCAGAUUUAAUUUGUGUUACUAGAGGUCCUGGAAUGGCUGGAUCUUUAAGUAGUUCAACUGAAUUUGCAAAAGGAUUAAGUGUAGCUUGGAAUGUUCCAUUAAUUGGAGUUCAUCAUAUGUUGGGUCAUUUAUUAACUUCUUUUCUUCCAACAAAGGAAUCAGAACAAAAACAACCACCAAAUUAUCCAUUUUUAAGUUUAUUAUGUAGUGGAGGUCAUACCAUGUUAGUAUUACUGAAAAGUGUAUCAGAACAUGAAAUUAUAAUAAAUGUUAGUGAUAUAGCAGUUGGAGAUUCUUUAGAUAAAUGUGCUAGAGAAUUAGGAUUAUAUGGAAAUAUGUUAGGAAGAGAAUUAGAAAAAUUUAUAAAUGAUAUACCAAUAGAAGAAAUUGAAGAAUUUAAAAUUUUACCAAUAGAUACAAGAUUAUCAAAUAAAUAUAAUUUCAAAUUAACUUUACCUUAUCAAAAUCCUAAAAAUGGUAAAUUUCAAGAUGAUAUAAUUCAAUUUGCAUUUGCUCAAUUCUUGAGUAAUAUUCAACUGUAUAAAAAAAAAUUUAUAAAUUCAAAUAUCAUUGAGGAUGAGAAAAUUAAAAGAAUGAUUGCUUAUAAGACUCAAGAAUAUAUUUUUGAUCAUAUUAUUGAUAGAAUUAAUUUAGCGUUUAAAAGGCAUGGAUUAAACCGUAGUAAAAGUGAUGGAAAAUUUAUUGGAGUUAAAGAUUUUGUAUGUUCAGGUGGAGUUGCUGCAAAUAGUAGAUUAAGAGAAAAACUUUUUAAUAAUUUAAAUUAUAAUGAAAUUGGUUCAAAUCCUUUAAAUUUUCAUUUUCCUGAUCUUUCAUUAUGUACUGAUAAUGCUGUAAUGAUUGGUUAUGCAGGGAUGGAAAUAUUUGAAAAGCUUAAGUUAAAAACAAAUUUAAAUUUUAUUCCAAUAAGGAAAUGGCCAUUAAAUAAAUUACUUUCAGUUGAAUCAUGGGUUCAAGUUAAUGAUGAUGAAAUUAAUAGAGUUUGUAAAUAUAAUUUAUAG